AUGUAUAUGUGUACGUGCGCGCACAUCUCUCUCUCUCUCUCUCUCUCUCUCUCUCUCUCUCUUUACAAUGUAUCUAUCUAUUUCUGUCUGCACAUUAUCUAUCUAUCUAUCUAUCUAUCUAUCUAUUUCAGUCUGCACAUUAUCUAUCUAUCUAUCUACUUUAUAUUAAAUCUAUCUGUGUUCUGUGGGUUUACCUCCAUUUUACUUUAUUCCUAUCUAUCUAUCUAUCUGUUUGGUUAUCUAUCUAUCUAUCUAUCUAUCUAUCUGUCUGUCUCUGUUUGGUUAUCUACCUAUCUAUCUAUCUAUCUAUCUAUCUAUCUAUCUAUCUGUCUGUCUGUCUCUUUGGUCAUAUAUCUAUCUAUCUCUGCUUGGUUAUCUAUCUAUCUAUCUAUCUAUCUCUGUUUGGUCAUCUAUCUAUCUAUCUAUCUAUCUAUCUAUCUAUCUGAGGUAUGUACGCCUGUCUGUCUGUCUCUCUCUCUCUCUCUCCCUCUCCUCCUCCCUCUCCCUCUCUCUCUUCCCUUCCUCUUUCUCUCUAUGUCGUUUCUUUUUUUUUUUAUUUCUCUCUGCCAUACAUGCUUUGAACUUCUUUUUUUUUUUCUGUUUUCAUUCAAUUUCAUAAAAUCUUUCUUUUUUGGUAUUUUUUCAUUGCCUUUCUUUCUGUCGUCAUUUUCUCAUUUUAUUCAUUUUUUUUUCAAUUAUUUUUCACCUCUUUCUUUUGAAAUCUUUUCUCUGUCGUUCUUUCCUUCGUUUAUUAUCUCGCUCUGCAUUUUUUUAUUUUGCUUUCCGUCAUCUCCUCCCCUCUCUCUCUCUCCUUUCUCUUCUUUCGUUCUCUCUCUCUUUCACUCUCUCUCUCUCUCUGUUUUCUCUGCCCUCUCCCAACUCUCUCACUCACUGUCUUUUCUCACUCAUUCUCUCUCUCUCAUCAUCUCUCUCUUUUCUCUCUGCAGUACUUAUCUCUUUCGGUUUUUUACUUCCUUUAAUUAUUUCUACAUCUUCUGCAUAUCUCUUCAUUCUUCUCUUAUUUUGAUUUUGUAUUCCUUUGCUUUCUUUUUUAUCUUUUUUCCUUCUCUCUCCCCCCUCUCUCUCUUUCUUUUCUUUCUCUUCAUCACUAUUUCUGUUUUUGUCUCCCUACCUCUGUCACUAUUUCACUCUAUCUUUUCCAGCCCUUUUUUUCUCUAA